GGCUGAGGCGAAUUUGACAAGAGUAUCAUAACCGUGAACUUCACCCAAGUUUGACCACUACACCUGUAACAGUGUUUCUUAAAGAGACAGUAUUAUUAAAACGGGCUUUGAGGAACUCAAGUAUGGAGCGCUCUAAACCGAAACAAAUGCAUCCAAGUGAAAAUGAAACGUCAGGUAAAGACAGUGCAGUCAAUGGACUGCACUUUGACGGCCGUCUGAAGAUGCCUGGAUGGAGCGCCGGUGGUGCCUCCGGGGACACGAGCUCCGUGCCGUCCUCGAGCGUGAUGGAGAGCUGGCGGGAAGAGCGCACUCGCAGUGUGGAGGACAAUGAAUUGAGCCUACCGAGCAUCGCUGCCGCUUACACUACAAUUCUCAGGGGUCUCGGGGAAGAUCCGCAACGACAGGGACUCCUCAAAACUCCAUGGAGAGCUGCUACUGCCAUGCAGUUCUUCACCAAGGGAUAUCAGGAAAAAAUCGGCGAUGUCCUGAAUGACGCAAUCUUUGAUGAAGAUCAUGAUGAGAUGGUGAUUGUGAAGGAUAUUGACAUGUUUUCCAUGUGCGAACACCAUUUAGUUCCUAUUUUUGGUCGGGUGCAUAUAGGUUAUCUCCCGAACAAGAGGGUUCUUGGUCUGAGUAAAUUGGCGCGGAUUGUUGAGAUAUACAGCAGGAGAUUGCAAGUUCAAGAGCGGUUAACCAAACAGAUUGCUGUUGCUAUCACUGAAGCAUUACAGCCUGCUGGGGUCGGGGUGGUCAUCGAGGCAACUCACAUGUGUAUGGUUAUGAGAGGCGUCCAGAAGAUGAACAGCAAGACGGUGACCAGCACCAUGCUGGGCGUUUUCCGGGAGGACCCCAAGACACGAGAUGAGUUCCUGACCCUGGUCCGGAGCUGAGAGGGUCGGCUUGCGCUCUCCACUGCCAAAACAGUCAGACCAGCCCCACAUCUCAAAGGAGUCACCUCCGGUUCUGCCUCCAGACGAGGCACUGCUGCUUUGUAUCAUAGUGUCCCACCCACAUCUGGGGUGGUUACCUCGGUAAACCCAUCUCCUCUGUAUCACCUGUGUGUGUGUGUGUGUAUGUCAGUAAUUGGGGUCUUGUUCUCUGUGGUUCAUCAGGUUUAAUCAGUAGAGCUUUGGGAGUCUCUAUUGACAAGACUGUGGUUAUUGCUGUUACACGGAGACGUAUUUUCAGUAAAGACCAUUUCAGAAGUUUACACAAUGACAUUCAAAGGAAUAGUUCUCCAACAAAUUUAAAUUCUGCCAUUAUUUACUCAUGUUUAUGUAGUUCCAAACACAUAUUACUUUCCUCCGUGGAUUAUAAAGGAGAUGUUGGGCAAAAUGCCUCAGUCACCAUCUUUUUUCUAUACAAUGAAAGCAAAUAGUGACUGAGACUUUCAUUUUGCCUAACGUCUCUUUUUAUUUUCUAUGGACAAAGUAAUAAAUACGGAUUUGGAACAACAUGAGGGUGAGUAAAUGAUAACAGAAUUUUCAUUUUUGGGUGAACUAUCCCUUUAAACUGAAAAAAGCACAAUGUGACCUCACUAAACUGUCAAGCACCAAACCUACCGAAAUUUGUUUACAUCUCUUUCCUGUUGGGUCACAUUUGCGAUCUAUUAAAUGAAAUUGAGUCACCCGAGAUUUUCUUUUCACACUUUUAAAAAGGGAGGUACGUGUCAUUUUGAACAUCCAGACAAUUUGACCAAAUUUUACAAUGACAACCCCAACAAAAAAGUACUGUGGUGAUACCACGGUAGAGUAGUGUAUCAGUGGUUUAUAAAAAACAUGGUACUGAAUGAUUACCAUAUUCAUAUAUUCUGAUAAUAGUACCAUGAUACAUGCCCAAAAACAUAUUACCAUGGUACCAUGUCUAUAACACAUGAUAAUACCAUGGUACUUUGAUAUAAAUGAUGACCAUAUUCACACGCAAUGAUAUUUACAUGGUACUUCAAGGAUUACCAUGGUAUUACCAUUAUACAUGUCCAUAAACAUAGUAUUACCAUGGUACCAUUUCCAAAAACAUGGUAGUACCAUGACAUUUUAAAAUAAAUUAUUUUACAAAUAAUUAUAAAUUAUAAAAAUUAUUAUUCAUAUACCAUGAUAUCUACAUGGUGAUCAAGGUACUUGUACAACAUAUGGUGAUACCAUAGUAAUCAAAAAGAUUACUAUGGUAUCACCAUGGUAUACAGUAUGUCCAAAAUAUACAUAGUAUUACUAUGGUACCAUGUCUAAAAUACAUGAUAAUACCAUGGUACUUUGUUAUACCAUGGUACUAAAUGAUUGCCAUAUUCAUAUACCUUGGUAUUUACAUUGUACUCCAAAGUACUUCAAAGAUUUCUAUGGUAUUACCAUGGAGCAGGUCCAAAAACCCAUUGUAUUACCGUGGUACCAUGCCCAAAAAAACAUGGCAUUACCAUUGGUACUGUCCAAAAGGGGGUUUUAUCGAUCUUUUACUUUGUGCUCAAAUGUAUUGAAGCUACGCUGUCUUAUAAUAUUUAUAAUGUGUCCACACCCACAGGAUCAUCUGUUUUUAAGCUUGAUCAAGCAAAGUGUUUGUUUAAACUACUCAUGAACAGUAUUUACAAAGUCCUAACAAGUUUUGUGCAACACUUUUAUUUUGCGUUUCAAAUCAACUGUCUGAAAUAGCGUGUUAAAGUUAUGACCAGGUCCAGUCUUCUAAAUGCCCUGUCUUUAUGGUGAUAGAUGUUUACCCUAUGAAGGUUGUCUUUUUUUAUUUUCUGUCGGGAAAAAGACCAAAGGUGAAAGGUGCAUUCGAGGUCAAAUUACACUAGUCCCUGAUUUUGCGCACUAUGGCAGAGAUACUUAUUAAGGAUAUAGAAAGUACUUGAAUUGAUGUGAUCUUUAGAAUUAAAAACCAUGAAGAAAAGAGGGAAAACUAACAACUAAAAAUACAUUAUUUUAAGAUUCUACAUUUGUAGAACUUUUGUAUGUUUACUUAUGUUUACUUGAACUUGGACAUGAGUUAGAAUAUGAAAUGUAUAGAUAUAUAUCAUUUUAGAGAAAGGAUUAUAUUAAAGGGAUCAUUCACCCAAAAUUCUGAAAAUUGUGUUAUCAUUUACUCACCUUCGUGUAGUUCAAACCAUCUAUGGAUCACAAAAGGAUAAAUCUUAGUCACCAUCUUAGUCACAAAUAGGCAAAUCUUAGUCACCAUUCACUUUUAUCAUGCAUCUUUUUUUCCAUACAAAGAAAAUCCUACAGGUUUUGAACAACAUGUGGGUGAGUAAAUUAUGACAGAAUUGAUGUUCAUCCAUUUUUGGGUGAACUAUCCCUUUAAACAACAGUUAGUACUAUGGGUUUACUGAUACUGUACUGCCUGUGUAUUUUUUUUUUAUUUUGAAAAAUUUUAGCAAGCUUGUUUGGAAAAGAGUUUAGAAUAGAACUUUUAACAAACGGUAUGUAACAUGUUUAAUGUCACAAUCACUUCAUAUUAGAAUCAGAGUAAAGAAAAUGAGCACUUGAUAUUGAGAAAUCUAGUGUUAUUCAUGUGGCCUUCUUUAAAGAAAAGACUAAAUAAGCCUUUCAUAUACUUAAUACUUUGCAAUUGAUGUUCAUUAUCAUUUUCAGCUCAAAAAAUAAAUCUUAUGUAAAAUAUGU